AUGUCAAAAGCAUUACGGACAGUUGCAAAGAUUCCGGUCAAGACGACGGAAUGGCUCGUGAUACUGGCUGACAAACCUGGAGUCCUUGAAAGACGGAUUCAAAUCAGACCAGUACACUCCAAAGCAUUUGUGAAGCUUCAUGAGACGGGGUUUGUGUCUUGGGCAGGGCCUGUUUUCAAAGAGCAUGUCAGUCAAGGUAUCAGGCCAUUUAUUGGCUCUGUAAUGGUUGUGAAUGCGGAAAGUCCGGAGAAGGUCCGGGAAACACUCAAGCAGGACGUGUUUGUGAAGGAGGGCAUAUGGGAUUGGGCAGGUGUUAAGAUCUUCCCUUUCAGAACAACCGUACGGCAGCCGCCCGAUCGCGAAGAAUAG